CGAGAAUGAUUACGUGGCCGAAGUGGAGCUUCGGCUUUAGAGGCCUCGUUCGCUUUUUCUUUACCUCUCAUCUCUUGCCUAACAAAGCAAGGAACCGCCAUUCUGCCAAACCCUUCUCCCUAUAGCCUAUGGCCACAUAUCUCCUACUUCUUUAUGUAAUAUUACACCUUUCUACCAGACACUGUAACUGCCUUUAGCAGCAGUAGGCAAGAAGUAUAAACCCACACUCCUUCCUUCUCUUUCUGUGCGGACUCUGUUCUUCUUCUUCUUCUUCUUCUCAGAGACCCUAUUUCUCUAUCUUUCUUUCUGUUAUAUGGAUCGCUCGAGCUACUGAUUGCGACUGUAGUGGUGGUUGCGUGUGUCCUGUGGAACUACUUCUCACUCUCAGAAUUGUUGCUUUCAGAGACGCAGCUGGGCAACAUUUCUCAAAAGGGAUUAACCAAUAAGCGGAGCCUUUUGUUCUCAAUCAAUUUGAGAUCUUCCAAUUUAAGAUGUCGAACUGUGAUGACACUGACACCAAACCUGAGGAAUCUAUGCAUGCUCAUCAUUCCCUGUGGAUGGCUCACUGGGGCCGAACAAGCUGUGAGUCAUCAGGGGCUUAUAACCAUCCAUUUGAUGAUGAGAAAAAGAAAGAUGGUCAUGAUUAUAAGCAGCAAUCCGUGCUGGUUCAAGCUGAUGAGUCCAGGAAGGACACUGGAUUGGAUGUAGUAAAUGGCAGCCCAAGUAACUUUUCUAAGCAUGGUAGUGCAUGGAGAUGCCCGGGGGGCUUGUGGAUGGAAUCUGAUGGUCACCAUUCUGCCAAAGUUGGAGCAGUAACUGAAACUGAAAGAGUUAAAAUGAGAAAUGAGGCAUUGUCAAUGAAGUCAUUAAACUACAGCAAUGUCAGAAAAUGGCAAUCCUUUCCAAUGUCAAACUUUGAUGAAAGGAAAAAGAGUAUUUUGACUUCCAAGAAGGACUUAUCUUUCAAUGGAAGACAUCAACCAAUAUCUCAGAUUGAUGACAGGUCUGAAUUUGGUACUAAUUCUGUGCGUGAGAAUGACGCUCACCUUUCUUCGAGAGUUCUUGCAUCAGCAGCUCCAACUGGAGUAAAAUUAUUGAGAGCAUGCCAUCCUGCUGAAGGUGUGUCACAAAGGUCAGGAGAUCUGGUGAAACCUUAUGAAUCUCCAGAGAAGAAAAACUUCCCUGUUUCAAGGACUUUGCAGGACAACCAUACAGCCUCAGUUUCCAAUUUUCUGCUGUAUGGGUUUGAGACCCGAGGAUUAUCGCUACAGUCUUCUGAGGGCAGACGCAUGGAAAAUAAUCCUCUACCAUCGAAUGAAUGUAUCACAAAGUCCAAUUUUGCCACUAGAGACCAUGCUUAUUCUACAUUUUUAGUUCCUGAUGGCCUACCCCUGGAGGAGAAUUGUGAGAGUCAACAACUAUGAGAUCCUUCAACCAGUGAAGUGAGAUUCCCAAUUUUUAUUGGCAAACAGGGUAAAAGAUGUCCCUUUCCUGGUUCUGAGUUUUUACCAGGCCACAGCUGCCCUCCAGCAGUCACCAAAUCAGAAGAGUUGAAUUAUGGUAGUCAUUCACUGAGAAGAUGCACAACUGUGCAUUCUGCGGAUGCCCUGCCUGGAAGUCCUACAAAGAUUUCUCAGACAAAUCAUCAUUUGCUCAUGAUUAAAAAACCAGAUGUUAACUUGUCGGAGAACAGAGAAUCAAAAGUAUCAACAAAACUCAAAGGAAAUGCAUUUUAUGAAUUGCUGACCUUGCCACCUGAUUUUCGUCUUGGUACUAACCUAGGAACUAAGCUGCAAUCUCGAAGGAACUCUGGAACAACUGAAGUAACAGGUAAUGUAUGGAAUGCUAAGCCAGGUUCAGAAGGUUUAAAGAAUGAAUUAUCGGCAGAAACUGAUGCCAUGGAUGUUGGUGUUUGUCAGGAAAGCAACUUGCUUCCAGGCGAAGCUUCUUAUCCGUCAGAAAAGGAUGUAUGCCAAAAAAAUGCAGAACCUCAAGCAACAAUGGCUUCCCUGAAAAAUAAGGGGAAAACAGUAGUGGCUGAUUUACCUGAUAUGAACCAAGAGUCGCCUGCAUCUGCUGAAGGAGGUGAUAUGGAUGGCAGGAGGUUGAACUCUUCAAGAACUGAGAGUUUGGAGGUGGAGCACCUCCUUUACCUCCCUAAGCAGCCUGAUAAUUCAACCUUCAGUCCUCAUCGAGACAGCCACCAAUGCCUCGAGCCAGACAGAAGAUGGGUCAAGAGUCUCAAGCUAAAUGCCUCAAAUCUUCCCCAUGGUACCAAGUAUUUGAAAAUGGGUAAUGCAUCCACAAGUGGAAAAGCAAAUAAGUUGUUCGGCAUAGUUAUGAAUCCCAGCACCUCAAAGGACAUGAUAGUUAAAAAUUUUGGAAAGGGAAAGAUGGACAAUAAGACGAUGAUGUUAUCAAGGAAUGCAAAAUCCCCUUCUAUUGGUUCUGUGGAGGAAUGUUCAGAUCUUACGUACUCUUGGGUUCAGAGAUGGUGCCAUAAUAAGGCAGUUGCAGAACUGGUGAAGCCAGGUGUAAAUCUGGUCAGUGAGCCUCAAAGCUCCAAGUCAGCUUUAUAUGAAUGUGGAAAGAAGCCAUUUCCAAGCGUUGGUGCGAUGGCAUUAAUGGGGAAGGCUAUGAAUGGUUUCCGGCCAUGUGAGUUCAGGAGAAGAGGUUCAUUUGUAGUUUGGAAUAAUUAGGGGUUCUGAAUUCAGUCUUGAGUUGUAAAUAAUGUAAUGGUAGAUGCGAUAGUUUGUUGAGUAGGUGAGGAAAAAAACCUGAAAAAGUGUAACUAUAUCAACAGUUGUUUUCUCCUUUGAGCCACCAUCAGGAAGGAACAAAGUACUCUCUUAUUUCUGUA